AAACGAUAAUUCAAGAUACAAGCACAGUGAUUGAGCUAACCGUUCAGUCAUUCUCCACUCGCUUCCUGCUGCGCACCACUGGUGAUCCGGAGGCUGCUGCGGUGGGAUGUGCAGGGGUUAGUAUCGUGCUGAAUCACCGGGCGGAAGUAUCCCUACUUGACUGGAUACCUGUUGAUAGUCGCCUCUGUGCGGUUCGUCUGGCAACGUUUGUGAAGGCGUCUCACAAGCGGCAAGUUGAUAGAUGUCUGUUUAUUGUGUCUGCCUAUGCCCCAACUGACUGUAGCUCCGACGCCGUCAAAGACAGGUUUUCCGACGCCCUGAAUGUCCUGCUGCGGCCAGCUAAAAGCUCAUACUUUGUGGUGGUUGCCGGAGAUAUGAAUGCGCAAGUGGGCUCAGUACAUCUGAGACUGAAUUGGGAGGUCGACAUGGACUGGACUCGUGCACUGGAUCAGUUUCGCCUCUCGGAUGAGAAUAAUCGGAUUCUGGAACGCAUUCUACAGCAUAUGGUUCGUGGAGAACUUGUGACUGCCUACCAGUGCCGAUCGCAGAAAGUGACUCCGCGGGACCGUUACACUUCCUCGGCAGCACUUGUCACAAAGGAACCUGAAUAUGAUCAUGUUCAACGUUUGCAACACCUCUAUGAAGGAUUGUCUUUGUACGGCUUGUGGCUCGAACAGAUGCACAAGUCCGACUCACUGGCUGACGACACAGGAGAGCCUUCGACCACCGAUGAUUUGGCGGAUAAGGCAUUCUAUCGAUUGCAGGAAGUUGAGGCAUUGGUAUCCGGUGGUUACUUAUGCGACAUCUUCAUCCGACCACUGGUUGAGAUCCUCGAGUAUUUCAAUGAACCAUUACGCGCACGCAGCCUUCUGUUAAGCUACGCCCGCCGUAUCCCAGAGAACCCCAAUGCCCUUCGUUACUUGUGUGAGUGGUAUCGGCGCCGGAGUCGGGAAUCUGACGUAUCCUCGUUAACCCUCAACGUAACCGCAGAUAGUCGAACCGAAGCUACGACAACAGACGGUGAUACGAGCAUUCCGACACCAUCACCGAUAACUCCCUGUCCGAAAAUCACUGCUCGCCUGUUACGAUAUCGGAUCAGAUUCUCCAGGCAUGUACUUCCUGAACCAGCACCCUCGGUCUCACGCCACGAGGUCCUGUCGGCUGCUGAUGAAAAGCGAUUGUUGCGAGCACAACAUCCCCACGUAUCAACAAUCAACCUUUGUCUGAAACACGGUCUCUCCACCGAUGCCUUGGAAUUAUCGUUCGCAUUGCUGGAUCAUCCUUCCUGGGCGGUAUUUAAUGAACCGUGGAAAUUGUUGAGACGUAGUGUGCAAGCAGUUGGAAAACAAAGCCCCGAAGUAGUUCAAGCCUUCAGUAUUCGAAAGCGGUCAUGGUCCCAGAUUCAUUUCAAACUCCCACACCUACCAGUAUUGGCCCAAAAGGUGCGCAAAUUAUGCGAGACCAUAGCUCCUAACCCGCCAAAACCGCUCGAUGAUGACGCUGUUGGCCCACUUCUCUCGGUUAUACCCCUUUCUUCUUUGCAUACCGAACUUACGGAAACUUCAGGCGCUGAUACAAGCACUUGAUGUUGCACUUUGACCUGACCUAUUUUCUCCAGAAAAUACAAGUGGCG